UAUAAAUACUUAUCAUCUCCUACGCUCUUGCCCAGGGUUUUUUUCUUCGCAGGUGGGCACUGGUAAUUGCUCGAGGCUCCAAAUCCUUCAUUGAAAAUGGUCAAGGGACGCCAAGGAGAGCGUAUCAGGUUAUAUGUCAGAGGAACUGUUCUCGGUUACAAGAGGUCCAAGUCGAAUCAGUAUCCAAACACGUCUUUGAUUCAGAUUGAAGGUGUGAACACGAAGGAGGAGGUAUCAUGGUAUCUAGGGAAGCGCAUGGCAUACAUCUACAAGGCCAAAGUGAAGAAGGACGGGUCGCAUUAUCGUUGCAUUUGGGGGAAAGUUACCAGGCCUCACGGCAACAGCGGCGUUGUCCGAGCCAAGUUCAAGUCCAAUCUCCCUCCCAAGUCCAUGGGAGCUAGGGUUCGGGUUUUUAUGUAUCCUAGCAACAUAUGAGGUACUACACCCAGUUCCAAAAUGUGCAGAUUGUCUUUGGUGAUUUUGGAAGGUUCCAAAUGCCAGAUUGAGAUCAUCAGUGAUUAGAGGCACCUGCAUUUUUCUUUAUAUUGGAGAUUUAUGUAGUUGAGGAUCUGUGUGUUUUCUGGAGCUAGAUGGUGCCAAGAUUUUUGUUUGUUAGUUUUGAGGGCACAAUGUUUGAAAAAAUGUGACUGGAAUUAACUCUAUUUUCAUUUAUGCAUGAAUUCUUCAAACUGCGCAGCGUGAUGGAACUAGUUUUGGACAGCUGCUGUUUGUUUCUAUCCAAUGUUGAGAAAUUAUUAUUGCUGCCUUUGUGGA